AUGCCUUCUCAACGUCCCUUCUUCCUCUCUACUUUCUUUUCCUCCUUCCGCCAAUCCACUACCCUCCCCACGCAGCAACCGAAUAAGCACUCUACACAGACAUCGUCGUCCUAUACAACGCAGUCUGCCGGUUCGGCGCCACGGGCUAUCUCCUCGAACACUGCAACAUCGUCAAAUAGCGGGAAUACCAACGGCGCCGCAAACUCCUCUACGCGCUCAACGUCCAACGUCGUUAACCAGUACCCACUACACUCACCCCGAGGCAGCAUCCCGAUACCGGGCAGCGCCGGCAGUAAUUCCAACCGGCGGCGUGGGAGCGACAGCAGCAGCGAAGGCUUCCGUGAUGUUUUGGGUGCCGACAAGUGGUACAUUGGCGGGCGGACGGCCGGCGGUGAGGAGAAGUUCUUCAAGCUUGGCGUCGUACGGAGGGUGCGCAGUAACGAUGGCUUAAGUCUGGAUCGACUAAGCUUAUAG